AAGCGACUUUCGCCAUUGAAAAGGCAAGAUGGGUAUGACAGAAUCAACUAUGACUAUAGGAUACAAUGAAUGGAAGGAGCCGGAUUUGCACCCUAAUCGUCAUAAAUCUCCAACUUUCGACCCCAAUUACGGGUUCCCCAAUGGUCGUAAAGAGAGAGAGCCAACUCUUUCCUAUGAUGAAAUGGUAGCACAUAAAGUACCGGAAGAAUACCGUGAUUACUGUGCUCAUUAUUAUGUCGAUAUGGCCAGAUGUUACCGGAAGGUGUUGCCAUUCAAUUAUAGAUGUAGUCAUGAAAAACACCACUGGGACCAGUGUCAAUAUGAGGAAAUGAUAAGUAGAAUGAAAGAAUAUGAACGUGAAAAACGAUUAAUACAACGGGCAGCUAGAAAGAAAAUGAUGUCACCAGUGGAUGAGGGAGGGCUGGAAGAGUAGAUAUUAUUUUCUGGACAUUUGUAAAUAUAGGCCUCGCCUCCUGGAAUGUGUCGCCUAACUCGACUCCAUAGUUUGUGUUACUUGUAUGUUGGAAAUGAAUACAUAAAAAUUGAUUUUU